AUGGAAACUGUCUCCGUAGGAAACCAAACUGUUACUGGAUUUGUCCUCCUUGGCUUCGAUGACAUCGCUGAGCUGCACCUACUUUUCUUUACUGUGCUCAGUGUCAUCUACACCUCUAUUAUCACAGGGAAUACGCUGAUCAUUGUAGCGGUGGUUAGCUCCCAGGAGCUCCACACACCCAUGUAUUUCUUUCUGGCUAAUCUGUCUUUCCUGGAGAUCCUCUACACCUCCACAGUGGUGCCAAAAAUGCUGGAGGGCUUCCUGAAAGAGGCAGCCAUCUCUGUUGCUGGUUGUUUGCUCCAGUUCUUUGUCUUUGGCUCUCUAGCCACAGCCGAGUGCUUCCUGCUGGCUGUCAUGGCAUAUGAUCGCUACCUGGCAAUCUGCUACCCACUCCACUACCCACUCUUGAUGGGGCCCAAAAGGUGCUUGGGGCUGGUGGUCACAGCCUGGCUCUCUGGCUUCAUUGUAGGUGGACUGAUUGUGGCUCUGAUGGCUCAGCUGAGGUUCUGUGGCCCGAACCACAUUGACCACUUUUACUGUGACUUCACACCUUUGAUGGACCUGGCUUGCUCAGAUCCCAGAGUGGCCCAGGUGGUAACAUUCAUUCUGUCUGUGGUCUGCCUCACUGUUCCCUUUGGACUGAUUCUGACAUCUUAUGCCCGGAUUGUGGUGGCAGUGCUGAGAGUUCCAGCUGGGGCCAGCAAGAGAAAGGCUUUUUCCACAUGCUCCUCCCACCUAGCUGUAGUAUCCACAUUCUAUGGAACUCUCAUGGUCUUGUACAUUGCCCCCUCUGCUGUUCACUCCCAGCUCCUCUCCAAGAUCUUCGCCCUGCUCUACACUGUGGUCACCCCCAUCUUCAAUCCUGUGAUCUACACCCUCAGAAACAAAGAGGUUCAUCAGGCAUUGAGACGGUUUCUCCACAUUAAAUGA